CAACACUGGUAUAUCGUCUAGUCAAGUCUGUUCAUCAUGAAGGUCGUCAUCGCUGUGUUGUCUGUACUAGUCGCCUCUGCCUUGGCCCAAGUGCCUUUAGAAACUGGAUCCGUCGGAGUCGGCACUGUCGGUGUUGCUGGUACAGGCUAUGGCUACAACCCAUACAACAGGAACCAUGGUUACAAUGGCUAUGGCUACGGUAAAGGCGUUGGCAACGUUGGUGUUGGAAAGGUUUACGGCAACAGCUACACUCCCUACAACUAUAACAACUAUGGCUACGGUAAAGGCGUAGGGAAGGUCGGUGUUGCCGGUCCCUUCGUUGCUGGACAUGGAGUUGGUCUUGUUGGACAUGGACACGGACCUUUCGUUGGUGAGAACGGCGUUGCUGGAAAGGGACACGGCUACGGCUACAACACCUACAACGGAGUUGGGAAUGGAGUUGGUCUUGUAGGAAAUGGACUCCUUGGACACGCCGGACACGGCCUCGCAGGGCCCUUCGCAGUCGGACACGGUGUUGCUGGUCAGGGACAUGGCUACGGCUACAACCCCUACAACAACAACUACGGCUACGGUAAGAACGUCGGACAUGGAGCUGGUCUUGUAGGAAAUGGAUUUGCUGGACAUGGACCUUUCGUCGGACACGGAGUUUCCGGACACGGCGUUUAUGGACAGGGUGGACCCUUUGUUGGUCAUGGAGUUGCUGGGUCGUUCGUGGGCAAAGCCAGUCCCUAUUACUACCACUAGGGACGUAUGCUUGUGAUGCCUGAUUCCUGAAUGUUUUUGUACUUUAUUGAUAUGUUUUUGUAUCCAUUUACGAAUGGACAAUAAAUCUGACGUUACAUUCAUGUUGUAUUAGUC